CACUCAUCCGAGAUUUCAUGGCUAAAAAGUUAGCUUCCAUACGUCAUGAAAACAAAACGCUUCUUCAUCAACGCUGCUUGACCUGGUUCAUUUGUAUCGAAUAUUCGAACUAUAUCAAAUGACUUUCACACAUUGAUAAGAGGCACAUAAAAGAAGUGCGGUCAUCAGAAUGCCCCCCGUGCGAUUUUAAAAGGAUUCAACAGAGAGACAAGAACAAUGAGACUAAAAACUACGCUGCAGAAGGAACCAAAACAUAAGGAUCUUGUAAGUUGUUUAGGUUGGACCACAGCCGAUGAGCUGUACUCAUGCAGUGAUGAUCAUCAGAUCCUCAAGUGGAACCUGGUGAACAAUGAAACCAAUGUGGUCGUCAAGCUGUCAGAGGACAUCUACCCCCUGGACAUGCACUGGUUCCCCAAAACUGUUGGUGGGAAGAGACAAACCCAAGCUGAAAUCUUUGUCCUCACCAGCACUGAUGGAAAGUUCCACCUGGUUUCCAAGAUGGGGCGCAUUGAGAAGAGUGUUGACGCUCACAAAGGUGCAGUCUUAGCAGGAAGAUGGAACUACGAUGGAACUGCUCUUGUUACAGCUGGAGAAGAUGGGCUAAUCAAGAUCUGGUCAAAAGUUGGGAUGCUGCGCUCAACUUUAGCCAACCAAGGGUCUCCUGUAUAUUCUGUGGCUUGGGGUCCAGACUCAGACAGAAUACUUUACACUUCAGGGGUGCAGCUAACCAUCAAGCCUCUCCAGCCAAGUGCCAAAGUCAUGCAGUGGAAGGCUCAUGACGGACUUGUUCUGAAGGUGGACUGGAACUCUGUCAACAGUCUCAUUCUGUCUGGUGGUGAAGAUUGUAAAUAUAAGGUAUGGGACAGCUUUGGGCGUCUGCUUCACUCAUCAAGCCCUCAUGACUACCCCGUCACCUCUUUGUCCUGGGCUCCAGAUGGUGAAAUGUUUGCUGUGGGCUCCUUCAACACCCUACGGCUCUGUGACAAGACGGGAUGGUCUUACGCAGUGGAGAAGCCUCACACAGGCAGUUUGUUCAGCUUAGCCUGGUCUGCAGACAGCACCCAACUGGCAGGGGCCUGCGGAAACGGACAUGUCAUCUUUGCCCAUGUACUGGAGCAGUGCUGGGAGUGGAAGAACUUUGUCAUCACUCUGACCAAGAGGAGAAGCAUGCAGGUGACAAAUGUGAUGAAUGAUGCAGUCGACAUAUUGGACUUCAGGGAUCCCGUCAUCAAAGCCUCACUAGCGUUUGCUCAUCUGGUGGUUGCUACUUCUCUGCAGUGCUACGUUUACAGCUCAAGAAACUGGAAUACUCCUCUCAUCUUUGACCUGAAGGAGGGAACAGUCAGCCUCAUCCUGCAGGCAGAGAAACAUUUCUUACUUGUGGAUGGAGCAGGCUUGUAUGUAUUCUCCUAUGAGGGUCGUCUGAUAUCCUCGCCUAAGUUCCUGGAUAUGAGAGCUGACAGUCUCAACGCUCAAGUCAUCUCACUUUGUGAUGACACGAUCGCCAUUCGGGACAACAGAGAUGAAAAAGUCAUCCUAUUCUUUGAUGUCCUGACUGGGAAAGCUGUCGGAGAUGGGAAUCCCUUAACUCACAAGCUGGAGGUGGUGGAAAUAGCUCUGGAUCAGUGUGGCCCAGCCACUGACAGGAAAAUUGCACUGAUAGAUAAAAACCGCGACCUUUACUUGGCCUCUGUGCGUCAUUUUGGGCGAGAAACCAAAAUCUGCAAAAUCGGCACUAUGGUGGACAAUAUAGCAUGGAAUGAUGCUGCGAACAUCCUUUGUGGAAUUCAAGACAAUCAGCUGACUGUGUGGUGUUACCCAAGUGUUGUCUUCACGGAUAAGGAACUUCUACCUAAAACGCUGCACAUACGAGACAGCAGUGAGUUCAACAGUGCGCCCCGCAUUCUGAACUUUUCAGGCACCAAAGUGACAUUGCGCCAGGGCGACGGUUCACUGGUGUACAGCAGUGUGCCGCCAUACAUUGCACUGCUGCAUGAAUACUGCAGCUCUGCACGCUGGGAGGAUGCACUGUGUUUGUGCCGGUUAGUCAAAGACCAGUCUUUAUGGGCAUGUCUUGCUAGUAUGGCAAUGGCAAACAGGGAACUGACCACAGCAGAAAUGGCCUAUGGGGCCAUUGGAGAGUUACCAAGAGUCGAGUACAUCAGCAUGAUCAAAGAGCAGCCUUCUAAGGAAUCGGCUUUGGCCCACAUGCUGCUGUUCAGUGGUCAGGUCCAGGAAGCUGAGUCAGCUCUCCUACAAGCUGGUCUCAUCUACCAGGCCAUACAAGUGAACAUCGACCUUUUCAACUGGGAGAGGGCGCUGGAGCUGGCAGUCAAACACAAAACCCAUGUGGACACCGUGCUGGCCCACAGAGAAAAGUUCCUACAGAAAUUUGGCAAAAAGGAGACCAAUAAGAGAUUCCUGCAUUACUCUGAAGGGGUUGAUGUGAAUUGGGAGAAUAUCCGGGCGAAGAUAGAAAUGGAGCUGUCUAAAGAGAGGGAGAAGGCUGCAAAUGCCUCUGUGAGGAGCAAUGGAGCCUCAUACCGUUGACUGUCAGUUUUGGUGGCUUUACAUGUACAUACCUAAGAGUUAUAUGAAAUAUUUUCCUGAAGUACCACGUCCACCAUAAAUUACAACUUCUUGAAACAAAAGAUGCUGAGAUGUAAAGAGGUCCAUGAGGAGCAUGUGACUGCUGCCCGACACGAAUCCUUGUGACCUCCCGUGUCCUGAAACCCAUUUAAGUGAGAGAUGAAAACACAUCUGAUACUUAACACAAAGUAUCUCAAAAUCCUUCUUAAAAGACUUUUUCAGGCAUACGGCCCAUCCUUCAGAGUUUUAUACAACUACUAUAUUAUUGAAAAAUGUCUGUAAGAUUACGAGCUUCCAUAUUAGCUGAAUUGCUCUUGUUAUAACUUGGCUUUGUUCUAGUAAUACUGGCUCAAACACCUGACUCAGUCGCCUCCCUUAAGUGUGCAGUCUGAUGACAUUUGCUGGGUCAUACCACCCUGCGAUGUGCUGCUUUAGUCUUAUUUCCACAUGCUCCGUUUCGGCUCUGCCCCAAUCCAAGAUCAAUUUACACCUAACUAGGCAAAAAACGUCAUGAUUGCAAAUAUGUCUGUGUCCAAUUUGUCCGCCACAGCCUGCUGUAAACACCCCCCCUCCCCCCAGUAUCUUUUUGCUGUGUCGCUCUGCUCAUGAUGGCACAUUCCACUCAGACAUACCUGUGAAUGGGAGGCUGGAACAAGUGUAUCAAUCUGAUGUUUUCCAGUAGUUAUAUAUGAAGUAUGUUUAUGCUGGAUUUUUCUAUAAACUUGAUAUAAACAGUCAAGAAUUUUCCGUUGUGU